GAGAGCGCUCGAGAUUUGCUUUUGUCGUACGAUAUUUUAGUGUGUGUCUGUGUGAGAGAGAUUGACGUGUGCUUUGAUGAUCUACAAGUCCGCGUAUCUAUUAUAUUAGAGCAUUCAUUCACUUGCUAUAUUUGCACCACUAGCAUUGAUUCAAACGCAGGUUUCCCUUCAACAUUGAAUCUUUGAGCUUUGGGACAGCCUUCCUGGAAAUCAGAACCCACAUGUUUUGCUGGAAUUCAGCAUCUUCUGUUGUGCCCUUGUAAUCUUCAUUGUUGAUAAUCAGAGAGAGAGAGGAUUCGGAUCGUUGAGAAAGCUGCGAUUUUGAUGUGAUUGGAAUGGCAAACAAACUUAACGCAGGGGAUAGUAGGACUAGGAGUUCUGUAUCGAUAUUUAUAGUAGCGGGUCUCUGCUGUUUCUUUUAUUUGCUUGGAGCAUGGCAGAGAAGUGGGUUUGGGAAGGGAGACAGUAUAGCUUUGGAGGUUACCAAGAAUGGUGCUGCCUGCAAUGUGAUUCCAAAUCUAAAUUUUGAGACCCAUCAUGGUGGUGGAGCUGGAAUGAUUGAAGAUUCUGAUUCAAAUGUGAAAGAGAUUAAGCCAUGCAAACCUCGCUACACUGAUUAUACUCCAUGCCAAGACCAAAACCGGGCUAUGAAGUUCCCAAGAGAAAAUAUGAACUAUAGGGAAAGGCACUGUCCUCCUCAAGAAGAGAAGUUGCACUGUCUUAUUCCUGCUCCCAAUGGGUAUGUGACCCCAUUUAGGUGGCCUAAGAGUCGUGACUAUGUUCCCUAUGCCAAUGCACCAUAUAAAAGCUUGACGGUUGAGAAGGCUAUUCAGAAUUGGAUUCAGUAUGAGGGAAGUGUAUUCAGGUUCCCUGGUGGGGGGACUCAGUUUCCUCAAGGGGCAGACAAAUAUAUCGAUCAACUUGCUUCUGUGAUACCUAUUGAGAACGGGACUGUUCGGACUGCUCUUGACACUGGUUGUGGGGUUGCAAGCUGGGGAGCAUAUCUUUGGAGGAGAAAAGUUAUCACUAUGUCAUUUGCACCAAGAGAUUCCCAUGAAGCCCAGGUUCAGUUUGCUUUGGAAAGGGGUGUACCUGCUGUUAUUGGUGUUCUUGGAACAAUAAAAAUGCCUUAUCCUUCUAGAGCCUUUGACAUGGCACAUUGUUCCCGUUGUCUGAUUCCAUGGGGAGCUAAUGAUGGCAUGUACAUGAAGGAAGUUGAUCGAGUUCUUAGACCUGGAGGAUAUUGGGUUCUUUCUGGUCCUCCCAUCAAUUGGAAGACCAACUACAAGGCAUGGCAGCGCUCCAAAGAGGAUCUUGAGGAAGAGCAGAGAAAGAUUGAAGAAAUUGCUAAACUUCUCUGCUGGGAGAAGAAGUCCGAGAAGGCUGAAAUUGCAAUAUGGCAGAAAAGAAUUGAUGCUGACUCUUGCCGGGCUGAACAAGAAAAUUCUGGUGCUACAUUUUGCAAAGCUUCAGACCCAGAUGAUGUUUGGUACAAGAAAAUGGAGGAAUGUAUAACACCAUCUGAUGUUAAGGGUGAUGAAGCAUCUGGAGAAAGUAUCAAGCCUUUCCCUGAGAGGCUUUAUGCUAUUCCCCAAAGAAUUGCUAGUGGAUCAGUUCGUGGAGUCUCUGCUGAAUCAUACCAGGAGGACAGUAAGAAAUGGAAAAGGCAUGUAAAUGCUUAUAAGAGAAUCAAUAAAAUCCUUGAUUCUGGCAGGUAUCGUAAUAUUAUGGAUAUGAAUGCUGGAUUGGGUGGUUUUGCUGCAGCACUUGAAUCUCCCAAAUUGUGGGUUAUGAAUGUUGUGCCUACAAUUGCUGAGAAGAAUACACUGGGUGUUAUUUAUGAAAGAGGGUUAAUAGGCAUCUAUCAUGACUGGUGUGAAGGCUUCUCCACAUACCCAAGAACGUAUGAUCUCAUUCAUGCUAACGGCCUUUUCAGCUUAUACAAGGACAAGUGUGACUUUGAGGACGUCCUUUUGGAGAUGGACCGGAUCUUGAGGCCAGAAGGUGCUGUUAUAAUCCGGGAUGCAGUUGAUGUUCUAAACAAGGUGCAGAAAAUAGUUAGGGGAAUAAGGUGGGACUUCAAAUUGACAGAUCAUGAGGAUGGUCCCCUUGUCCCUGAGAAAAUCCUGAUUGCAGUAAAAAAGUAUUGGGUUGCCGGAGAAAAUAACUCCACUUCCACAGAGUGAAUCCUGCGAGGAGAUGCAUGACUCAAGAUGCGGCAAAAGCAGCACAGUAGAUCUUCAAAACUAUUUUCAAGCUACCCCUGGAUCAAGAAUCCAUUUUGCCAGGAGAGAUUUUUUUGGCUGGUAAGAGGUUAACCUUGGGGAUGGGGCUACUCUUUGUAUCAGUAUAUCUUUAAGCAGCAGUUGGAUGGAUGGGGAGUAGAAUGUUACUGUUAGUUCUCUCUUGUGUAACAUUUGCUUUAUUUAUUAUUCAUUUGCCCAAUUGGAUAAAUAUACUCUUUUUUAACUCAAGGUGACAACCAAAACCACGUAUGCGCCAUGUUUUCAGGCUUCUUAUUCCCAA